GAUUAUGGUUCUAACGUGGUUCAUCACCGGCUGCUCUAGCGGCUUUGGCGAAUCCUUUGUUCGUCAACUUCGUGCUGCAGGUGACAACGUUAUAGCAACAGGACGAAAUGCCCAGACAAAGCUUUCUCAUCUGGAAGACACUGGCGCAGCAAUUAUGGAUCUUGAUGUUGCAGCACCCCCUGGAGUCAUCAAGGCCAAGAUAGACGAGGCCUGGGGUAUUUACGACGGAAUCAACGUGGUCGUGAACAACGCCGGUUUCAUUCUCAGUGGACCCUUUGAAGAGCAGAGGUUAGGACUCGGGCCUGGUGAUUGAUGUGACUGACAAAUGAGCAGCCAAGAGGAUAUGGAUAGGUCGUUCCAGGUCAAUUUGCAUGGUCCCUUGAACAUUACUCGAGCAAUCCUACCUCAUUUCAAAGAAAGAAAGUUAGGAACAUUGCUUUAUGUUAGUUCUCAAGCUGCUUGGCACUCUGAUCCUGGCGCGUCCAGUUACUGCGCCAGCAAGUUUGCUUUGGAAGGUAAGCUCCCCCGUACCACACAUCAUUCCAAGGCUAAAAUGAUAGGUGCCGUGGAAUGUCUCGCGAAAGAACUCGCCAUAGUAGCACCAACCCUGAAGGUCCUCAUUGUUGAGCCAGGAUACUGCCGUACGCCCGUCUUUGACAAAGUGCAGUAUGUUACAGGGGGUGUGCCCGACUACUCUCAGUUCAACGAAGCAGUUCGAGGUGGUGUGGCUACGUUGUCAGCGACUUCUCCAGGAAAUCCAGAUAUGGCAGUUGCUCGAAUGAUUGAGUUGGUGAAGGGGACUGGGUUUGCCGAGGGGAAAACGAUGCCUCUGCGCGUACCACUCGGUUCAGACUGUUGGGAGAGAAUUAAGGCAAAGUGUGAAGAGACAUUGGAGAUAUGCAACGAGUGGGAGGGUGCAGCUAGGAGUAUUGACUACAAGACGGAAGCAUAA